AUGGAGGCAGUUGUGUUGCACCAAUCGGACCAGUUCUGUAUGGAACCAUUAAACAGCUACGUAGACAUAUUUGAUCUAUACAUCGGAAAUACGUCAAUAUGGACUGAAACAAUGAGUAAUUUAUGGUACAGCGGAGUAAAUAAAGUGUAUUUAUUGGUGGAAUCCUACAAGGUGAACAAGUAUAACCAUUUAUCAACAGAAAGUAAAGCAGGAGGAAAGGAGCCGAAAAUAAAAGUAGAAGUAGUAGGAUUGAACGUGAAGAUGGAAGUAGGAACAGCACUACGUGAAUUCUUUAGACUCCACGGACCAAUGGAACCAUUCAUACUACUGUACAGUAACACACUGUUGACAGUGCCACUGACAGAAGCAGUCGAAUUCCACACAGAGUUGGCAAAAGCAAAUUCAAGUUAUUGCAUGACAGUGUUAUACGUAGAAGAUGAGAAAAAAAGGUUUAGUGGAUUUAAAAACAAUAAAGUAAUAUUGUAUGAUGAAAAGAAUGAGCUGCUGUAUAGCUCAGAUGAAAACGUAAUGGAACUUGAGUCGGAAUUUCUUAAAUCACUCAAGUCGGAACAAAUUAAAAUAAGAUAUGACCUGUAUCAGCCAGGAGUGUACCUGUGUACGAAUUUGAUAAUAGAGACGUUCCUGGAGUUGUUCGACCAGAGCUCAAUGGAGCAGCUGAUAGUGGAAAUGCUAACACAGGAGAUAAAGACGAGUGAGAUGUAUAUGUACACAGUGAAGAACGACCUGAGCUUCCCAGAAUAUCCAGCAGCACUGAGAGUGGAAACGCCGAGAGACUACUACAACGCAUACACUGAGUACGUAAAGAGGUUUAAGAGCAUCGGUGGAACGGGUACUGGCGCCGGCGACACAACGAACACGGCAGGCCGUGGAGGACUGGAGUUAAAUAGUAAUGUGAGUGGAAGUUUAGUAGGUUCAGGAGUUAGAAUUGGGCAAAAUACCAAUAUAACAAACAGCAUAGUGUUUAACAACGUAGUGAUUGGAAGUAACUGUAAAGUAAAUAACGCAAUCAUCAUGAAUAACGUGACGAUAGAGGACAGUGUGACCCUGGAACCAGGGUCAUUAAUAGGGCCAUGUUGCAGAGUUGACAAGGAUCUGAUGAGCAAGAGUGGAAGUACCUACGGUAGUUGUAGUGGUAAUAGUAGUGGUAGUGGUAGUCGUAUUGCUAGUGGUAGUCGUAGUGAAGCUAGCACUAGCAGUGAAGCAGGACCAGUCAGAUGUGCAACCAUGAAAACAAAAUUCUACGAUUUGACCGGAGAAAGAGAAGAAGACGAAGAUGGUAGCGGUAGUAGCUAUGUGUGGGAAGUGGAAGCGUUCAUUGCUAAUCCGUUGAAUAAAAUAGGCUCACAGUACUACGAUCACGUGACAUUUACAAUGCCAGACUCGGCGGAAUCGACAUCAGAUUACGAGGAUUCAGAAGACGAUGAAGAAUACGAUUCAGAAGAGCUGGCGGAAAUGGUCCACGAAGCACUGGAAGACCCGAAGAACCUGGAAAACAAGCUGCUGGAAAUAAGAAGUCUCAGAGUGGCACACAACGUGACAGAGCACGACACACUGGACCAUAUAUACAAGUACGGAAUAGAAUGGUUAGUGGAGGAACAAGUGCAAGAACUGAUUGAAAUAGUGGAGUCGGCACGGAUGAAUAAACUGCUGGACGCGUUCGCAUCAAAGCUGGCGCGGGAGACGUACUACGACAAUACGCUCAGCAUGUGUAGCAAGCAUGGCAAAUCGCAACUCUUCUUCUGCCAAAUGUGCGAGGCGCUGUAUCACACGGACGUCCUGGAGUUCGAGGGGUUCGAAAAGUGGCUGGAAGAAAAGAACCUGAAGGAAGAUCGCCUGGUUUCAUUCGCAAAAUGGGUGGAAUCCUGA